GGAGCCGCUCCUGCCGCCGCCGCCGCCGCCUCCUCAUUCAUCCUCGUGCACCAUAGGCGGCACAGGCACCAAGAUGUCCAACCGAGUGGUCUGCCGGGAAGCCAGUCACGCCGGGAGCUGGUACACAGCCUCAGGACCGCAGCUGAACGCACAGCUAGAAGGUUGGCUCUCACAAGUACAGUCUACAAAAAGACCUGCUAGAGCCAUUAUUGCACCCCACGCAGGAUAUACAUACUGUGGGUCUUGUGCUGCUCAUGCUUACAAACAAGUGGAUCCAUCCAUUACCCGGAGAAUUUUCAUCCUUGGGCCUUCUCAUCAUGUGCCCCUCUCUCGAUGUGCACUUUCCAGUGUGGAUAUAUAUAGGACACCUCUGUAUGACCUUCGUAUUGACCAAAAGAUUUACGGAGAACUAUGGAAGACAGGAAUGUUUGAACGCAUGUCUCUGCAGACAGAUGAAGACGAACACAGUAUUGAAAUGCAUUUGCCUUAUACAGCUAAAGCCAUGGAAAGCCAUAAGGAUGAGUUUACCAUUAUUCCUGUACUGGUUGGAGCUCUGAGUGAGUCAAAAGAACAGGAAUUCGGAAAACUCUUCAGUAAAUAUCUAGCGGAUCCUAGUAAUCUCUUUGUGGUUUCUUCUGAUUUCUGCCAUUGGGGUCAAAGGUUCCGUUACAGUUACUAUGAUGAAUCCCAGGGGGAGAUUUAUAGAUCCAUUGAACAUCUAGAUAAAAUGGGUAUGAGUAUUAUAGAACAAUUAGACCCCGUAUCUUUUAGCAAUUACUUGAAGAAAUACCAUAAUACUAUAUGUGGAAGACAUCCCAUUGGGGUGUUAUUAAAUGCUAUCACAGAGCUCCAGAAGAAUGGAAUGAAUAUGAGCUUUUCCUUUUUGAAUUAUGCCCAGUCAAGCCAGUGUAGAAACUGGCAAGACAGUUCAGUGAGUUAUGCAGCGGGAGCACUCACGGUCCACUGAAGCUCUGAAUCCUCAGGGAUGCCACCUGCACAUACUCAUUCUCUGUCCGGGGUCCCAGCCUAGCCCUUACCAAGAUACUGGUCCUGGUUUGGGGGGAUUCUGAAACCUCAAACUAAUAGAACUUUCUUCUCUUCUUUUCUAGUAGGUGUAGUCCUUCCUUAAUUUCAACUCAUUAAAAAAUGCUUUAUAGUUUAGGGCAGUGGAAGGAAGGCUGGCAUCAAAAUAUUUUGAUCAAAAAAGAUGGCAAUGUAAAGGCCCAGUUGUGGGAGACAGUUUUUUUGAGAGUAACUUGUAAAGCAUUUACCAUAUCCUAAAUUUGCACUCUUUGCAGACUUGUGCACAUAUAUUCCGCUUUCAGAAUAGUUUUGCAAAUUGUACACAAACAAACAAAAAAGGGUGGAAGCUUUUUAAUAAAGAAAUUGCAUUUAUAAAUGAUCUGUAUUAGAAUAUAAUAAAUCUCCAGUUAUAGUCAAUUACUACCCGUGUUGUACAACAGAUACCUUCUAUUUUAGUUGCUAAUAAAGGGCUACACAACUCAAAA